UCCAUCAUUCAUUUCCAUGGUGCGGGCCUCAGCAAAUUUUCUCAUUCAGAUUCUGCCCUAACCAUCGCCAUUCUUCGCACUUCACACUCACACUCACGGAUAUGGAGGUCUCUUCUUUCUGUAGCAGCAGCAGAGCAGCUUCGUUCGUCUUCUCAUAUCCAUCCAAAACAAAUUCAAGAAAACGGUCUCUUCAUCUACACUCCAUGGCCGCCGAGAAACCUCCUCCUUCUGCCGCCAAAACCGUCGGCUCCAAGAAGAUAAACUCCACGGUGUUCCCUCUCGGCGAGAAAGGACCGAGGACCAGCAUCUCGCUCUCGACUUCCCCGCCGAUUAAGCUACUGACGAGAGUGGAGCAAUUGAAGCUACUGAGCAAGGCGGAGAAGGCCGGUCUUCUGUCUGCGGCAGAGAAAGCCGGGUUGUCUCUGUCGUCGAUUGAGAAAUUAGGGCUUCUGUCGAAGGCUGAGGAAUUGGGGAUUUUAUCGGCGGCGACAGAUCCAGGAACUCCCGGGGCGCUACUGAGCCUGAGCUUAGGGCUGUUGUUAUUAGGGCCUUCGUGUGUGUAUUUGGUGCCGGAGGAUAGUGUUUGGCAGAUCGCGUUGCAGGUGUCGGUGGCUUUGGUCUCCGUCGUCGGCGGUUCCGCUGCUUUUGCUGCGUCGAAUUUGGUGUCGAAUUUGCAAAGAUCGAAUUGAAUUUCAGUGUCGAGUUUUCCAAUUGCAGCCAUGGGAGUUGUAGUUAUCAGCAUCAGCUUUCCUUCUCCUUCCAUGUCGUCGUUUUGUAUGCUGCAAUUAUUUAAUUUAUCAUUUUCCAGCGAAUUAAAAUGGCGAUAUGUGAACGGCAAAUUUUCUGCUCUCAUUUUUAUAUCAAUGAUGAGCAAAAUUAAAAUAUUAACGCAUACAUGAUAUAUUCAAACUUAUUAUUACCAAAUAA